AUGGAAGAGUCAAGCGCAGGCGGUUCAGGCCUCAUUGGCACCCUCGGACGCGCCAUUUAUGCGUUGAUCUCAUUAACAACUCGCACUAUCCUUCGAUUCGGCCUCACCACCGCACUGAUCGCGUCAGUUGUGAUCACGCUGCAUGCUGCCGGUCAGUUCAGCAAGCAGGCUGUGCAGCACAGACAGGAUGUUCUGGAUUUGGUAUACUGGCGUGAUCCGAAAAAAUCCGGGGUCGUACUUGGUGUUACGGUGCUUGGGCUGCUGGUUUUUGCCAAAUUUCCAUUGGUUGCUGUACUGAGCUAUCUCGGACUGGCCGUUCUCGGCGGUACACUCGGUUUUCGGCUUUACAAACUCUUGGAAUCACAGAUCAAGAAAACUGAUGGUACAAAUCCGUUCCAGCCGUACCUUAAUCGGGAAUUCCAUGUGCCGCAAGACAAGGUACAUCAGCAAGUGGAUGUGUUCAUUGAACAUGCGCAGCUGGUCGGCAACGAACUUAGGCGGUUAUUUUUGGUGGAGAAUAUCCUGGAUAGUGUCAAGGCAAUGAUUUUAUGUAUUACGAAUUGCAUUUUAGUUGUUUUGACGGUAUUCACAGUCCCGAAAGUAUACGAGGUGUACCAAGAGCCGAUUGAUCGCAAUGUCUCCGUUGCCAAGCAGCAUGUCGAUAAUGUGACCAAGAAAAUCAACGACAAAGUACCACCAUUCCUGAAGAAAUCGGUUGGUGCGGCGGCAGGCGAUGCAAGUCACGAGAAAUCGAAUUGA